AUGGCUUAACUUAAUAAAAGGAAGUAAUCUAAAUCUUUGGAUGAUAGUGAAGUAGCAAUUAUCAAAUUAAGUGAUAGUAUAGGGUGAAGCAGUCUAAGGUAGGUGGGUAAAGGAAGAACAUCAGAGAUUUGUAGAAGCAUUGAGUUUACAUGGAAAGAAUUGGAAGAAAGUAGAAGACUAUGUUGGUACAAGAAGUGGAGCAUAAAUAAGGUACCUUUACAAAUGAUAGCUAUUGAAGGUCUCAUGCUCAGAAAUUUUUCAAUCGUUUGGAGAAAGAAUUUCACAAACAGAUUAAUGGACUGAAGAGUUCUGAGAUUAAAGAAAUCUUUGUGAAUAAGAUGUUUCAUUAAUAUUCUGAAGAAGAAUAAAUGUAAAUAAAAUAGAAGAAUAACUCUAUUAUGGGUAUGCACUUAUAUCUUAUAUAUUUAUUUUUAGAUGUAUCCGAAGAUGAAAUGCUACUAAAUGCAGAGUCUAUGUAAGCCGAGUCUAAUCAAUAAUAACAAUAAAUCAAAGCCCAAUUGGAAUAGGGUAUUUUAGACCUCAAUUUACCUGAAUAGCAAACUCACAAUCCCACUAAGGAAUAAGUCACAAAAUAUUAAUAAUAAUAAUUGAAAAUACAAAAUAAACUCUAAGAUGUAUCAGAUCUCUGUCAAAUACCAGAUGAACUUCUCAAAGAAAUAUGUAAUCUACAUAAGGAAAAGGGAUAGAUCAUGGCUCUCCAAUAGAUUCAAAAUGCUUAUAAGUCUAUUUCAGAAAUUGUUCAAAAUGAUGAAGAAUAAAAUCAACAGCAAUCAAUACAGCAAGAAUAAAAUAACCCUGCCAAUUCUGAUCACAAAAAAAGUGAAGAAUCAAGACCAGGAAAUGAUGAGUCCUUCUUUCAUUUUAUCAUGUAUUCAAUAUCUCAUAAUAACCCAGGGCGAAAAUUUCAAAGUAUUUAAACAACAGAAAAUUGAGUUUAUCUGAUUUAAUCAAUGUACAAAAAUCGGAAAAAGAAAUCUAAAAAGAUUCUAAUCAAUUAAAACCUGAUGCAUUGUAAGAGGCAGAAGGAUAAAGAAGUAGAAAAUAAUCAUUUACUUUUUAUAACGAUUAAGACGAAGAGAAUGAAGUUCGAUAUUUGAAUCUUAAGAAAACUAAAAAAGAUUGA